CCUCUUUCUGUUUCAUCUUUCGAUGUUCGUUGAUCAAAUUUGACUCAAGCUUCGUGUAGUGAUCCUCAUUAGUUUGGGUAGAAAAAUUCCAGUAGACAGAUAGUUGAAUGAUAAAACUCAAGAAGGUUAAUUAGCAUCUGCGUUUUAGUUUACAUUCUCAUUGUUGGCGUUCUGUAACCCGUUGCAGGUUGCCUGUCCUAAUCUGUUUCGUAAUGUCCUUACUAUUUAGGCACAAAUUUACAUUACUUCUACAACCAAUAUAAGUUGUGAACUUACGUCAGGAUUGGUAAGUCUCUUACAGACGCAGAUAAACAACUUGAGUUUUGUUCACCUAUAAUCAUCCUGGGAAAUUUCAUCUGCCUAGCAAUAAUUCCCACCAAACUCUGUCAUUCAUGAAUUCAGGAAAGCGGAACUUGCUCUACAUCCACGUACAACGGAUUUGAGGGUUCAUGUAUGGAAGAGACUGUUAUUGAUCAGGCCGGACUAAAAAAGAAUAGUGUUUUUCAUGCUUUAGACAACACCUUUAUAUCAAGAGUAUCAUAUGAAUAUGACAAUGACUUUUGUGUUAAUUUGUAUAUCCAUAUGUGUGCCUUAUAUCGUACGUAGUCACUUUUUCCUUUGAAUCUUUCAUGUGUUAUGAUUCUGUGUUAUCAUAAGCUUUCGUUAAUUCUAUAGUAAGAAUAGAGUAGCAGAGAACCCAAUUUCUUCAUUUUUAGUUGCUGUAUUUGUCAGUCAAUAUAUUCCUCUGCUUCGAUAUAUCCUCUAUAAAAGUUAAUCCUUAUGACUCUUUUUUUAGGGAAUUAAUCAAUGGUAUGCAAUGUCAGUAAUGCAUAAAUGGAUAUGCUUUCAGUUCUUCUUCUCGGAUAUCAAAAUUCAAAACUAAUAUGCAAAUGUAUAUUCGUAUGUUGAAAAAGGUAAUAGUGUUUAGUUUAGCAUUUGAUGGUCAGUUUCAUCCUAUAAUUCCCUUCAACCAGAAUUGCUUUUCUUUAGUGCAAGAAUUUUUUCAACCAUCGCUUCACCUUGGUGCUUGCAUAUGAUCAAUAAUUGGUAAAGCAUAUAUUCACUCAUUAGUUAAGGCAAAACAAAAUGUACUUUUCUUUUAACCAAACAUCCCAAUUAGACACUAACUUCACUUGGGUAUCUACUGUUGCAUAAUUAAUGUUCAUGUCAGUAGUUAAAACCCAUUUGAAUCCCAUACCUCUUCUAAACACUUGAUAGCUCAUGUUAAGUUAGCAUUUUGGUGUCUCACAGGUAAAGAAUCAGCAGUCCAAAUCCCUUGCUUUGUUCGGAUCGUGAAGGAUUAUCAACUCAGUGUUGUGUAACUGCCGCUGCUAUCUAAUUCCUCCCUAUCCCGACCUGCACUUUAGUGCCAAAGAUUCCCCACCCUUUUCUCUUCACUGGUUUGCUAUGUCCUGGCCGCAAUUGCUCAUCAAUUUUGGAUCAGCUGCCGAUAGGGAUUUCUGGGUUUCACCCGUAUCAUCCACAAUGAGCCCUUCCAUCAGGUUUGUCACCUUCUCGUAUUAGACACUUACCUUCUAUUCUUCCCAUAAUAGCCGCUUACCCAAAAUCUCUUUUAAUUGUAGCUUCUCAUUGCAUUUGUUUUGAUUUCUCACUCAGUUGAUAUUAACUACUUCCCAAUUCCCAUAUAUGAAAACAAACUGAAUUUUGCAUUUUUGCUUAUCUACUUGUUGUAAUCCGAGACAGGAACAUCAGGUGAGGAAGGGAAUGGGAAAUAGAAGGGUGAACUUCCUUUGACGAGGAUUGAACAUUUUUAAGGCUACUACUCGACCCCUAGCAGGAAGAUCAUCUUAGAGAGAAAAAUUCAGUCGUAACUCUCUCUCAAACUUAUGCUGAGCUAUACAAGGAAAAUGAAGUAAAAGAUGGAGCCUCACCUGAUUUGUCACUUCUUCUUCUCCAAAUCCUAAGACCGAAGGGCUAGCCAUAUAUGGAGCAACCGACUACCUUGCCUCUUCCUUUUCAUCUCUACGACUUCACCAUUAUCUUUACCUCCUUAAGGACCUGUACACCUUAGUAGCAGAGGUAUGCUCAUUAGAUUGCAAAGCUAUGGAUACACUUGCUUUCCAAUUUGAACUUGACCUGCCGCUGCCAUUUUUGGGUUUAACUUUGGAGCUCACAGUUUCUUCUAAUAGGUUUGUCAAAUGCCACCUUACUCAAUUGUUUACUGCUAAUAGAUCUAAACUAAAUUCAUCCUCUGCUCUUUUCUGUUUCACUGCACUAUGUGAUUGGUACAAUGAACGACCAUUAAGAUUAGCAGUCUGAUAUUGUUGACGUGCAUUUUCAAUUGCUAUUCCUCUCCUUACACUGCUAAGAAGGUACAUUGCGGGACAUCUUCAUCUCUUUGUGAAAAUUGACCAUCCCUUUACCAGCAACAAAACAUAGGCGUCCCUUAUCUUCUGAAGUUUACAACUGCUAGCUAGAUUUGACCUUGUGCAUAACAAGGAAUGCUGUCAUACCAGACAUCUAUUUCUCAGGCAAUAAUGUUAACUAUUUGGAUGCAUUUUGGUGCUUUUGAUUCUUCAUAACAUAACUGAAUUGAGUUUCACAAAUGGGUGUUUCCUGUCUUGGUUGAGCAGUUUGAUAAACUUACAACCUGUUUUGACUCAAAUAAAUGCCUGUGAGCUUCCCCAGCAUGCGAAAGACUGCCUUUGCACUUCAUGCCUUCAACGUCAAAACUUCCAAUCCAAUGGACGUAGCUUCAGACCCUAUAAUUGGUCUAAUGUGCCUCCUAUGGUGGCAAGAAGCAAUUAACAAGAUAUACCCCAACAGGUCAAUGGAGCAGCCAAUCGCACAAGUCCUCGCAUCAACAAUAUUUCACCACAAGAUCAGCAAGGCUGAUCUCAAGUUUUGAUCUCAGCAGGUAAACUAUUUUACAUAUUUUUUAGUCGAUCUAUUCCCCUCUUUCAUCGGUCUUAUGUCAUCAGCUUAAUUCUCUAUAGCGUUUGCCACUUCCCGGAGAAGGUAAAUCAUCUCAUGCAUACCUCAUCCAGUUUUGGGAAGCUGUAACAUUGGCUCAUUCUUUUCCUUUUGGCAUCUCCCCUCUUUUGCCAUUCGUGUGUGGGUGAGUUCAUAUAUGUCCCCAUGUGCUUUGAUGGAUCUAGCUUCUUCCUUAAAUUUGGGGUUUUUUAAAGUCCCGAUUGGUCAUAUUACUGGAGAUAGAACACUUAUAGAUGGCGAGGAACUGAUAGAUUAUUUGAAAUUAACCCAACCUUAUAGCUUUUAUGGUCGAGAUUUAGAGUUAUAGGCAAUGUAAUUCGAGCAACUAUCAAAUUGAGGGGAACUAAAGGUUUGAAAUGGAUGAUUAGGUGCUUCAUUUUUCGUGUUCAUUUGCAGGAUGCCAUUGUAAUUCGAGAAACUAUCAAAUUUUACGACUUCUACCACUAUCAGGGGGCUUAAUCCUUUGAAUUUCCGCUUUUUAUAAUACUUGUGUAUCUCAGUUGAAAAGUUAUCUUUGCUACUCUAGGUUGAUUCUCACUUAUCUUAAAUGUAACAUCCAUGAUUAUCAUUCCUUUUUUUCUUCUUUUUUUGGUCGACUGAUGAUGAUCAUUCAUGGUUAGGCAACUGCCCCUAAUAAACUUUAGUCUUUUCCAUCCCUCCAUUUUGCAGGUCUCUCGAACCAACAAUGUGGAUUUUUUAUAUAUCAUGACUUAAGUUGAUCAUAUACGACUAUUAGCAUUUAUAUGACCUUCACUUCUGUUCAAAGGGGUGGUUAAUGAUGAAUUUUUUCAUCUUCAGUCAAUUAACUUUCGAUUUCCCUUUUUUUUCACCACCUUGCAAGAUAUGAGUUUGGUCUUGGUUAAUUAUGACUUCAUUCAAAGUGUGUUACAACUUCUCCUUAUAUACAAUUAAUAGGGUUUUGACACCGCCCUUUCCCCAAAUCAUAUACAUAAUACUCAAUUUGUUCAUUUUUGUUUUUUGAUUUGUUUUAGGUGAUGAAGCAAAGACACAAAAUAGAGUUUGAAUUGAAUAUUUUAGAAAAUUAUAUGGUCAAAGAACUUGGAAGUUGCAAAGAGCAUCUCAAAACUUGCUUCCGUGAACUAGAAAUUUAGCAUGUUCCAUGGGUUAUCAGCGUUUGCUAUUAUCAUGUCUUUUGUUUGCCUGCCAUCCAUUUUUUGUGCUUGCCACGUAAGUUGAACUAGAUUUGGGCCCGCCCGUUGGUCGGAUGAAUUUGGUAAAUGGAAUAAUUAACAGUAAUCAUU